GGGACUGGAUGUGCGUGCUGGCCCUGAGACUCUUUGGUCGCUGCAAUGAAGGUCGUUGGAAUCUUGUCCCUCCUGUUCACCGCUGUGGCCGUGGAGGCGGUGGCUCUUACGCCUCGCGCCGAUGUAGGUGAUCCCUGCAAGCAGGACAACAAUUGCUACGGCGGCGCAAAGUGCUGCAACAACAUCUGCAAGCUCGGCAGCUGUACUGCUCCCGGGAACAAUGCAGGCGCUAAAUGCGCCAAUGACUACGGCUGCUUCGGCGGAGCGAUCUGCUGCACGGGGCUCUGCACAUUGGGCAGCUGCCGAAUGGACGGGACGUGCGAUGCGGACAAUGACUGCUACGGAUGGUGCCAUAACAAUUACCAUUUAUGCACCAGCGCCAUGCCCGCAUGCCAUGUUUGAAUGA